GGUUGCCAGAUCGCCAAAUGCAACUCAUGUGGUUGAUUCGAAGAGGCAGUUUCACGAUCUCGCAAUGGCCAAGAUUUUACAGAAAUAUAUAAAAUUCACGGCCAAAGAGCUGGAAAACUACGCUAGCAGCACAGGGUCCUGCGUGCGGCGUAUCAACACGGACAUGCAUCUGGCGAUGGGUCCGUACGGUUUGGCCAGCUUCAAGAACUCUCUCCACGAGCUCCUCAUUCGCACCAAAGUUGGAUUCUACGACUCGAACUUAAAUGGGAUUGUCCUGGGCAUCAAGAACAUCAAAGUGCUGGGUCAUACGGCUGGACUGCGCGCAGACGAUCCCACCAUGCACCUGGUCAUAAACGCAGACUUUUACGUUUUCCGGCCUGAGAAAGGUGCCAUUCUAGACGGCGUGGUGCGGCACAUCUCCAGGCACCAGGUCAGCGCAGUCAUCUACCGAGUCUUCAACACCACCAUUCGAUUUACCAACAAAGGCAAGAGUCGUGAGGACAUUUCCAUGGAGCAGGUGAUAAAGUUUCGCAUCAAGAAUUUCGACAUCAGCAAUGUUAUGCCCUACAUCGAGGGAGAACUCCUGCUGGAGGAGAGCGAGGAACCGAAGAAUACGUCCAUAAAGUUUGGGAGUCCCGAACCCGAGGAAAACGGUGUUAAGGAAGAGAACCCCGAUGAAAUGUUGGAUGCUCUUUUAGAGGAAAUAAAGAAAGAACCAGAUUUUGCGCCAGGCAAGGAUUCGUCAACAAAGAAAGCUCCAAAGAAACGCAAGAAUGGUGAAAACGGUGUCACAACAAAGACGAAAAAAGUUAAAAAAGAAAUAAAAAACGAGCCAAAAUAGCUUUAAAAUUAUUCGUUUUUAGCAUCUCUGUAUAGUACAAAUUAAUUUAAUAUCGAAAUGUAGAAAUUCGAUAAAGUAUGAGAUCAAGAUGGUAA